GUGACAAACAUAAGGUAUACAUUAUACACAAUUAUUUUAUUCCCCUCUCUCUAUAUGCUAUAUAAACACCAUAUAUAAACUCUUGAGCGUACCCAAACAAAAACGUCCUAACAUCUUCCAUUUCCACCAUGCAAACCUUUCUCAUAAAACUCUCUACUCUCAUCCUACUAGCAUUUUCGAUUUCUUCUUUUUUCAAAUUUACAAAACACCCCCCUCAACUUUCACUAUUUCACCAACACACCCCUCUACCCAUACACAUUCACAAACACAUCCAAACACAAACCGCACACACACAUUGCACCGGUUCACUCUACUACAACCUAUGUACACAAACCCUAACCACCAUCCUACCAGAUCUCCAGUCAAAACCACUACCGGAGAUCAUCUCCGCCACGAUAAACCAAACGGUAAAUGACGUCAGAUCCACCGACUUCAACGUCACCGCUAUUCGCAAGAAGUUACGUAACCUAUCUGCGAUCGAAAUCCGAGCACUCGAUGACUGUCAUUCUUUGUUCGUCGAAACGGUUACCGCGCUCACAUCCGCGGUCUCUGAGCUCAAACGGAAUACGUCGUAUCGUGAACAUUCCGAUCUAGAAACGCUUCUUAGUGCCGCGAUGACGAAUCAGGCCACGUGUCUCGACGGAUUCGCGUUUAGCAAAUCGCGAAACAAAGUCCGGAGAUAUUUCAGUAAAUCGUUACGAAAUAUUUCUCGUCAAGUUAGUAACUCGCUCGCUUUGUUAAAAAAAGUGAACAGAAGAACUUCAAAAGGUAAAACGGAGGCGUUUUCGGAGUACGGUGAGAUGUCCGGCGGAUAUCCGCGGUGGAUGAGUAAUCACGAUCGAAAAUUGUUACAGUUGCCGGUGAACAACACAGUGUACGAUCUGGUGGUUGCCAAGGACGGAACGGGGAAUUUUACGACGAUCGGAGACGCGUUAAACGCGGCUCCGAACAUGAGUACAACAAGAUUUGUGAUUUAUAUAAAAGCUGGUGCUUAUUAUGAGUAUUUGGAGGUUGCUAGUCCGAAGACAAUGAUAAUGUUGGUUGGGGAAGGUAUCGGAAAAACGUUGAUCAAAGGUAACCGGAGCGUGGUCGACGGGUGGACAACUUUCCGGUCUGCUACUGUAGCUGUUGUGGGCACCAACUUCAUAGCCAAAGGUAUAACCUUCGAAAACUUUGCGGGAACCGCAAAACACCAAGCAGUAGCACUACGUAGCAACUCCGACUUCUCAGUCUUCUACCAAUGCAGCUUCAUCGGCUACCAAGACACUCUCUACGUCCACACAUUCCGCCAAUUCUACCGCGAAUGCGACGUCUACGGCACCAUCGACUUCAUCUUCGGCAACGCAGCAGUCGUAUUCCAAAACUGCAACCUAUACGCCCGAAAACCAGACCCGAAUCAAAAAAACCUAUUCACAGCCCAAGGGCGCGAUGACCCGAACCAAAACACGGGUAUUUCACUUCUAGAAUGCAAAAUUGCUGCUGGUUCGGAACUGAUUCCGAACCAGACGAUGUUUAAGUCGUACCUCGGGAGGCCGUGGAGACAGUAUUCUAGAACGGUUGUUAUGCGGUCGUAUAUCGGGGAUUUGAUUGACCCGGCUGGGUGGCUCGAGUGGUCCGGGAGUUUUGCGUUGAGUACGCUUUAUUAUGGCGAGUUUAUGAAUAGAGGGCCGGGGUCGAAUACGACUGGUCGGGUUAGUUGGCCCGGAUAUAAGGUGAUUGUUAAUGCGACCGAGGCCGCGCAGUUUACGGUUGGGAGUUUUCUUCAGGGUGAUCAGUGGUUGAAUGCUACUGGAGUUCCGUACUACCUUGGGUUGAAUACUUGAAUUGAAUUGGAUUAAUAGAGGCUUUUUGGUUUGUGUUUUAGGAGAUUUGUGAUCAAAUUGUGAUCAAGUUCAUGGGUCUGAAAGCAUAGGAUUAUUGUUAUCGGUUAACCUAAGGUUAUAAUUAAAACAUACGUACGUUUUAUAAUUUUAGUAUGUGUUAAAAUAAUAUAAAUAUUUGUAUCGUUUGCUUUAUAUGUGAUGUAUACGUAAGUUGGAAAAAAAUAACAACUUUUAUUGUAUCCA